AUGGGAAGGCGAAAAAUCAAAGCUGCGGCCUGGUUGAUAUCCCAGCAAAUUCCUCAGUUUGAAGAUGUUAAGUUUGAGGCAGCCAGCCUUCUGUCUGAACUGUAUUGUCAGGAGAAUUCAGUGGAUACAGCAAAACCUCUGUUACGCAAAGCCAUUCAGAUUUCACAGCAGACCCCGUACUGGCACUGUAGAUUGCUUUUUCAACUUGCACAACUACAUACACUUGAAAAAGACUUAGUAUCUGCAUGUGACCUUCUCGGAGUUGGAGCAGAAUAUGCUCGGGUGGUGGGAUCAGAGUAUACCAGAGCACUGUUUCUGCUAAGCAAGGGGAUGCUCCUUCUAAUGGAACGGAAACUGCAGGAGGUGCACCCUCUCCUUACUCUUUGCGGGCAGAUAGUGGAAAACUGGCAAGGAAACCCCAUCCAGAAAGAGUCGUUACGUGUCUUCUUCUUAGUGCUGCAGGUCACACACUACCUGGAUGCUGGGCAGGUGAAAAGUGUGAAGCCAUGCCUGAAACAGCUUCAGCAGUGCAUCCAGACCAUAUCCACGCUGCACGAUGAUGAAAUUCUGCCCAGCAACCCCGCUGAUCUCUUUCACUGGCUGCCCAAGGAACACAUGUGUGUGCUUGUCUACUUGGUGACAGUGAUGCAUUCCAUGCAAGCAGGAUACCUGGAGAAGGCUCAGAAGUACACAGACAAAGCACUCAUGCAGCUAGAGAAGCUAAAAAUGUUGGACUGCAGUCCUAUCUUGUCAUCAUUCCAAGUUAUUUUGUUGGAACACAUUAUCAUGUGUCGGCUUGUCACAGGGCACAAAGCCACAGCACUGCAGGAGAUUUCACAAGUCUGUCAGCUCUGCCAGCAGUCUCCCAGACUGUUUUCUAAUCACGCUGCCCAGCUGCACACUCUAUUAGGGCUCUACUGCAUCUCUGUUAAUUGCAUGGACAAUGCAGAAGCACAAUUUACUACAGCACUGAGGCUCACUACACAUCAAGAACUGUGGGCAUUUAUUGUGACAAACUUAGCCAGUGUGUACAUCAGGGAAGGCAACCGGCAUCAAGAGCUUUACAGCUUAUUGGAAAGGAUAAAUCCAGACCAUAAUUUUCCUGUGAGCUCUCACUGUCUUCGAGCAGCAGCUUUCUAUAUCCGAGGUCUGUUCUCCUUCUUUCAAGGAAGAUACAACGAGGCAAAACGAUUUUUGCGAGAGACGCUGAAAAUGUCAAAUGCAGAAGACUUGAAUCGAUUAACAGCCUGUUCUCUCGUACUCCUGGGUCAUAUAUUCUAUGUGUUAGGGAAUCACAGGGAAAGUAAUAAUAUGGUAGUACCAGCCAUGCAGCUUGCAAGCAAGAUACCAGAUAUGUCUGUGCAGCUGUGGUCUUCGGCUCUCUUGAGAGACCUGAACAAAGCCUGUGGAAACGCCAUGGAUGCACACGAGGCAGCACAGAUGCAUCAAAACUUCUCCCAGCAGCUCCUCCAGGACCACAUCGAAGCGUGCAGUCUUCCAGAACACAAUCUCAUCACGUGGACAGAUGGACCACCUCCUGUACAGUUCCAGGCACAGAACGGACCCACCACCAGCCUGGCCAGUCUCCUGUGAAACAGAAUAACUAUCAGGACAGUGUGUUUAAAAAGAAAAAGAAAAAAAAAAAAGCCAAAAAAGGAGAGAGAAAAAAAAAUUCAUGCAAAAUCUUUUCUUCAAAGAAAAGGCAGCAAAUUCCUCUUCUAGCGAGGGCCUUGUAGGAAACAGAUUGCAAAGACAACGUACAUUUCAUAGACUUGCGAAGUGAGAAGGGCAUUUUAAGCUGCUUUUACAUAAUGUGUGUGAAUAUACAGCUAGUGUGUAUAUACCUACUGGUUUUAAUCUGCUUUCCUCUUACUGAGAAUUAAGGUUUAGUCCAAAGGACACUCGUUCCUUAAAUUGUUAGGUAUCUACUUUUUAAAAAUUAUUCACAGGAAAUGAAGAGGACUCGCGCAGCUUUGAAUACCAAUUGUAUUCCAAAUGCUCAAGCCUUCCCUGGAGUAUGAUGCAUGCCAGUUUUAAUGUUUUCUGUGCCCUUCCGCUCCUGGGAAUAUUUGGAUUAAAUCAUGAUUGAUUGUAGGGUGCCCUAAAGUUUGAAAUUUAGUUUCUGAGGGUAAUAUUCUUUCCUUCUUGUUGUCUGCAAGUCGUUGCCAGUGCUGGGUGUAGCCUCGCAGUGAAGGUCGGGAGGAGAUGGGCACCAUCUGAGUGCUGGGGGGGGGGUGAGGUCCCCGGGGUGUCCCCCCACCCUGUCUGAGCAGCAGGUUCCACCCCCUGGAUGCAGGAGUGUGGGACAACGUGCCACCACUUCAUCCCUGGGAGGGUUCUUUUCCUGAUGCCUGGGCCCGCCCAGGGGCAGGCAGAACCACAGCUCUCUCCAUCUCUGCCACUUGGUGUGAUUUGUAAGGAAAGUUCUCAUCCUCCUGCCUAGUCCUGUGUUGGCCAAGCAGCUGGGAAACGGCGUUUUGCAUCUUUACUGCAGCCUCACCAAGGGAAGGCAGCAUCUGUGCCUUAAUGAUUUUUACAAGUCAGAGUUAAACUAGGUGGUUAAAACCCAAAUCCGAUAUAAGCCAGAGGCUUAUGAUAAAAACUAUAGUCUUGCCCUUGGCAAAAACUUCACGUUUCCAAACUUUUCUGUGUUAGCUUUCCUGUUCUGUCUCAGUGUUUUGAACUCUUCAGCUGUGAAUUCUCACUGCGUUUGCCUGUGCCUCGGCAGCUGCCUUAGAACAGGGGAGACGAGGCCCAAGUUCGUUCUGCAGAAAACAGUGUGAGAGUUGUUAAUUCCAUGAAGCAGCAGCAGCAGCUUUAUAGCAAGGAUCUGUGCCAGUCCGUUCAGUGCCAUGUAAAGCUUGUGAGGUUCAUGGGGUUGAAUAAAGGUCUUUUUCUCUCUUGGUAGCUCUGCAUAUUCAUCUCCCAAAUUAAAAGGGGUAGGGAAAAGGAGUCUGCAAGAAAAAUCACUUGUUUAGGGCUUUCUGUGAUUGCUUCUUUUCUGAGGGAGGAGGAGAAAAUUUUAGAGGAAAUAUUUGACCUCUUCAAACCUUUAAAACUUACUGCAGAAGGAAUACUGUGAAAUCUGGCUUGAAUCAUUGGUUUGGGUUGGAAGGGACCUUAAAGAUCAUCUAGUCCAACCCCCAGUGGUCAGUUCUUUUUCAAAGUCUUCUGUCUAGCAACUGCUUGGACACGCUCGCUUUUUCUAAAUCAAACCCCUCAGUUUUUACCACUAAAUGAUAUUAAGAGGACAAGUGCUUGUCCAGUUACCAAAUAUGAUUUUAUUUUUCCUCUACUGGACAUGCAGUGCCGGUUUAGGUCCUGUUCUCAGACAUGUACUCUUGCAGAAGCCAUGUGUAUUUUAGGCCUUGUUCAGUCUCCACUGGGGAAAACACGGCCUCAGUAUUGGUGUAGGGAGAGAGUCUCAUUACUGGGUUUGCAAGAAAAAAAAUCAGUGCUGUUUAGUCUCUCUUAAAACUAAAAAAAAAAAAAGGAAGAAGUGUGUGAGUUAGUGUACAGGGUAUUUGGAGGUACCAAAUACAGGGAGAAUCCACACAGAUGGGUCCCAUCCUGCAUCUCUCGCUCACUGAGACCGUGCUGGGUGUCACCACCCGGCUCUCGCCACCUCCUGUCCCCUCGGAGGCUCCGGCCCCGGAGCUGCCCCUGCCCUGCUGUGACAUUCCUGGGGCCGGGGCAGGAGCCUGUGCCCAUGGUGGCCCAGAGUCGUGGCGAGAGGAGGAGGAGGAGCAUUCACUCCUCCUUGGCUUGGCCGCAGGGAUCUGUUAGAACUUCAUAAGCUCAACAGCUGGCAUGUGCUCGGAUUCCGAUCGGGAGCGAUCGGGUAAAUCCUACCUCGGGAAUAUCGCUACCCCAGGGACUGUUUUUUAAGUCUUUCCCUUUUUUUUUUUUUGUGUGUGUGUAUGGGAAGCAGUAUCUCACUUUGGCUGCUCCCUCCAGAAGUCGCUGAGUUGCAAGGACUCAGUACCUGGUUUUAAGCGCCUAAAUUUUCUCGUAGCUGAGGAAUGCCUAGUAACUGAAAAACAUCUACUUUAAAAUCUGCUAGAGUCCCAUUCAGGUCAUCCAAACAUUCUCUUUUUUUUUUAGUCUUUUAUCAUCCAACCUGAGGCUGUUAUUUAACUGAUUACAUGCUCAUCGCAACUAUGAAUUGCUUUAAAUGUUGGCCAAAAGUGCUGCUUCUAUAAGGCAAUAUUAAAAAAAAAAAAAGAAAAAAAAAAUCCCAACUCUAGAGAGCUGUGGUUUGGGCUAAGUUUAUGAAAAGCACUUUGCAGCAAGUGAGAUGUCCAGGUAGCUGCAUCUCCUGACCUUCUCCUGCUGCUCGAGGACCUGCAGGGCUUGUGUUGGGGGAGAGGGAUCUGCAGUGGCAGUUUCCUUGCUGGCACUUGUGUGCGGACCAGGCUGCUCUGUGGCUCGGCUCCUUUGCCGGUCUGUCCUCGGAGGGAAGGAAGUACUUGAGAGAAAGCUGCCUGCUUGCUUCUGAUGGAAGUGUGCUCAGGUCUGAACAGGAACCCUUUGCGGAAUGUGGGAGCUGAACUGGUAAUUGUCAGGAGGAACAACCCAGGAUCCCCUCUGUGACGAGGCAGGUUGGCCUGGGCUUUGCUUUUGUGCAGAACCGCACUCGGCCGUGCUCCCCUGCAGCCCUGGGGAGGCCAGAACUCUGCUCCAUUUCCAGAGUCCUCUUCCCAUCACAGAAUUUCACAAAUCCUGUAAAUUUGAAAAUAACUCGGUGAUUUUCUAUCUCUAAAAUUCAAUGUACAUUUGUUACAAUGUACAGUGCUUUUUAACUACACUUGUAUAUUAAAUUAUUUAAUAGUUUUUGCUUUUCAGUAUCUUUUGUAUGUAGCAGAGAUUAAAACAAGGACCUCAUAACUGAAGUUCUUCCUAAUUUUUGAAUGCGUAUGUAAAGUUGAACAGAAAACUAGAAGUUUACAGUUUACAAAUAAUGUUCUGUUAAGUGCUUGGUCUGUCUAACUUGAUUUGAACAACCUAUUUCUAAUCUUUCUUGUCCAAUCAUUUAAUUCUCUAUAGAAACAAACAUGAAGUCUUUUAUGAACUUCUAAAAAAAAAAUUAUUCUUCUAAAGAUGUAAUUUAGAGAACUGUACAGUUUUUUCUCUAGUAUUUUUAAAUGAGUAGCAAGAACUUACACAGAAGCAUCUAAUCACUGUUUUGUAGAUAGUGUAAAAACUUAUAUAUGUAUAGAGAAUGCAGUCUGAAGUGUUUGCCUGUUGUAUUUCAUUUCCUACACUAUGAACAUCAGAAAGGCCCACGUACACAGGAAAUCUAGAUCAAUCUGGCGGCUGGGGAAUUUAAAAAAAAAAA